AUGUCCAAAAAGAAGCAACUGAACCAAUACAUUCCAAAGUACAUUGUCUCGAAACCAUGGUAUCGAGAAGACCAGAAUGGGAAUGAAGCAAGCGGGAACGAGGACUAUUUGUCCCACCAUAGAAACGGCAAGGAAAUUGUCGAUCAUAGUGUAGCGCAAGCAGGACAGGGGAUCAGUGAUGACUUUGACGAAAGUGUGCGCAAGGAAUCCAAAUUUGAAAACUACGAUAGUAAGCGUGAUCGGUGGUACGGCUAUUCGACUGAAGAAUGGUUGGCCCAGGUCAAGAACUGGAGAUCAAAGCAUGGUGAUGACAUCGAUGGUGAUGGGGGCCGCAAUGAUGACUCCGAUGACACUGAUUACGAACUAGAACUACAGGAGUUGGGAAUCGAUAAAAGCGAAGUGGGGCGGAAUAUCAAAAAGGAUCCCAUGGAAAAGAUGUUGCGCGAUAGACAAGACGUGCCGACGUAUAUUGAAAACAUUAAUAGCCUGGCCAAUGGAAAGAUUAGAAUUGAAUAUGAUCCGAAAUCACGAUUAGCCAAGGAUUUAACCAAGGGGUUUCUCAACGACAGGAACAUGUUUGUCAAGAAGUUGGAUGGUGAAGCGCAAAAAUUGGAAAAGUUGCAAACUCUAGCUUGGGAGAUGGACAAGAAAGAUUUGGAAGCCAGAAAGACUGUACAAAUACAAGCAGGCCGUGAACAUUUACCAAACGGCUCGGACUUGAACUUGAGCAUCGAGGCCAGUCCCACGUUGUUGAUGAUGAAAGCCAGAAAGGAUGAAGAAGCUGCCAAGCAGAGUGCCAUUGCAAAACGAAGGAAAAUCCACGAAAUGUACUCGAGUGAUCUGAAAUGA